AUGGCGUCUCUCGCGAUGAGCGUCGUGGACGAGGCAGCGAAGCAGCUGCCUCUCCACCAAGCUAUAUCGGGCAUCUUUGGCAGCAUCAGCAUGGCAGCAUGGAUAUGCGUCAUUCUCCCUCAGAUGAUUGUCAAUUACCGAGCGAAGAGCGCCGACGGGCUAAGCAUAACGUUUCUAGCCGUGUGGAUGAUUGGCGAUGUUACAAACUUGAUAGGCGGACUCUUGACACACCUGGCGCCAACAGCAGUGGCAUUGGCCAUGUACUUUUGCGUCGCCGACUUGCUCCUCAUCUCGCAAUGCAUCUACUACAACACGGUCAAUGCUCGCCGAGCUGCUCUGGCGGCGGAGGAGAAUGAAGAAGCACCCCUUCUUGGCGACCGACACGCGACGGCGCAUCGUCAUCGUCACUCGGUAUCGAGCGAGGACGGCGGCAAAAUCGGACCCGCUGGCGAUGAGCUGCUGGAGCGCUCUUCGUGGAUGUCUAACACGGCCAGCCUAGUUGGCGUGUACGUUGCUGGCUUCAUUGGGUGGUAUCUCUCCUACAAGGCUGGAGCAUACAAGGAGACGGAUCCUGUUGUUUUCAACGCCGCGAUACAAGCAUCGCCAGACCUGCUGGAGAAGGUUGGCAUUGUCCUGGGAUAUUUCAGCGCAGUCUGCUACCUCUGUGCCCGAGUUCCCCAAAUCAUCAAAAACUACCGCGAAAAGUCCUGCGAAGGCCUUUCCAUCCUGUUUUUCAUGCUCUCCCUUACUGGAAACCUGACAUACGCAGUCAGCAUCGUGGCUUACUCCCAAGAGAGGAAAUACAUCAUCAACACGAUCCCUUGGCUCAUUGGGUCCCUUGGUACUGUUGUCGAAGAUGGCACUAUUUUCGUGCAAUUCAGGCUAUACGCCAACAAUAGGCGAAGCACACACGCAUAA